AUGAUUGUCGACUUCGGUUCGUACGAUAUGAACGACGUCCGGUCUCCGCUGGACCGGCUCCCGUCGAUUCUCCGGCGUCGAUCCUUCUUCGGGGACACGCCGGAUCCCCUUUUGUCGACGGGGGAGGUUGAGAAGGGCAAGCAGAAGGGCCCGGACGGCAAGUUAGCGACCACGACGGAGAAGGACGACGGGGACCUGAGAGUACGAAAAGACAGCGUCAUGACGGGCGUCGAAGAGUCUACGUCGGGAUCCUCGUCGGUGUCGGUGUCGUCAGUGUCGUCGUGUAAGAGGACCGUCGUGACGGUCCGGAAGCGGGUGCUCGACGUCGACGAAGAGGGGGAGAGCAGCCGCUCGGCAGAGAAGGGUAUCCCUGACAGCAACGACGAGGACAAUGACGGAGGCAAGGACGACGUCGAAGACGACGCGGCAGAGAUCCUGUCGUCGACGGCCGUAUCGCAGCCUGCAGAAAAGCCGAGCACCGCGACGCCCCGACGUAGCCGCUUUGUCGAGGACCUCGACGACGUGCGGGUCGAGACGGUGAGCAGGACGCCUGCUGAGCUGUGCCAGCAGCUCUGCUUGCUCGAAGCGGCGAGGGAUGCCGCUAGAGAAGCUGCCUCGGCCGCUCUGUACUUCCCACCCGUCAUCGCGGCGCAGCAGGAGUCGCAGGCGGCUCGCGACGAUGACGCCAACGACGGCCGUUCCUCGCACGAGUGGCGCCACUACGACGGCGGGUGUUCGCAGAAGAAGGGGCAGCGGAGACGGGUCCAGGCCCUGGCCCGGGCCAUGGUGAAGCUGGCCAAGACGCCGGUCUGCUGGCGCAAGGAGGACAAGGGGAAGAAUAGGGCCGUGUGCGACAUCUGCGGCGAGGACAUCUGUCUGGACCUGCGGGGCUGGGCGCGGGACAGCGGACGCGCGCAGGAGGCGAGGGACGCCGGCGACGAGAGCGUAGCGGCCGAGGUGGCUGAGCUGCUGGGCCAGUUGUACGACAGGGACGAGGCGGAGAGCCGGAGGCGGUGCGGCGUGUGCGGGCAAAAUGUUGACGAGGACCUGGGGUGGGAGAGGGACGGGGGCGGGGACGCACGGGAGCCGAAGGGGGACGACGGGGCCAUGUUCGGCUCAUCGGGGGAGGAGGGGGUCACGGCGGGCUCGGUCGCGAAGGCGGUGAUUAUCACGGAGAUGCCGGAGGCGUGGUGGACGAGACGAUUUCGAAUUUGA